AACGCUCUCCGUGCGAGAGGUUCCUUUCACCCAAACAUCCUGUGGUCCCGGAGAAGAGAAGAAAGAAGGACAGCGCACGGAGAGAGGCAGUCUGCUCUGGCGUCUCUAACGCCUCAGAGCCCCGGAGACGGACUCCAGGCGUCAGCCCUGCGCGUGAUUCAGCCCCGUUCACGGGCAGGUUUUCAGACGGACGAGCGUCUCUGCAGAGAAAGGGGAACAGGAAGUGGAGUUAAUGAGUAACAGCUCGCAGGGCUCAAAGGUCUGGCCGUGCUGAGAGAGAGAGAGAGAGGGAGAGAGAGAGAGGGCAGAGAGAGAGAGGGCAGAGAGCCGUAACCAUGGCGAAGAGCUUGGACGAAAGCAGGCCCCCGACCCGCCGACCCGACAACUCAGCCUUCAAGCAGCAGCGGCUGCCGGCCUGGUCGCCCUCGCUGACCGCCGGGACCGUGCUGCCCUUCUUCUUCCUCAUGGGGGUGCUGUGCGUGCUGCUGGGGGUGGGGCUGCUGCUGACCGUGCGCGGGACGCAGGAGAUCAAGGUGGACUACACAGAUGCAGACACGUGUGAAACCUGCUUCAACCUUCGCAAAAGCAGCGCCAACGCCAGGGAGCGCUGUGACUGCAACAUCACCUUCUCCCUCAGCCAAGCAUUUCAGGGGGACGUGUUUUUCUACUACGGCCUCGUGAACUUCCACCAGAACCUGCGGAGGUACAUGGACUCCAGAGACGACGGGCAGAUGGUCGGGCGACUCAAAAACCUGAAGAAGCCGAGCAGCUACUGCUUCCCCUUCACCCACGCGGGGGAGACCCCGGUCGCUCCGUGCGGGGCCAUCGCUAACAGCAUGUUCAACGACUCUUUCUUUCUGUACUACCACCCCACCGAGGGGGAAACCAUACCCGUCCCUCUGUUCAGGAGGGGCAUCACCUGGUACACCGACAAGAACGUCAAGUUUCGUAACCCGGAAGUGGCCGACAAGAAUCUGUCUCAGGUGUUUGAAGGCACUGCCCCCCCUGUCUACUGGCAGAGACCCGUGUACGAGCUGGAUCCGUCGGACCCCCAAAACAACGGCUUCAUCAACGAGGACCUGAUCGUGUGGAUGAGGGAGGCGGCCUUCCCCAAUUUUAAGAAGCUCUACGGGAUCCUGAACCGGUCCCAGGCCCGGUUUGAGGCGGGACUUCCUGCCGGAAACUACAGCGUCGACAUCUCCUACAAUUACCCGGUGGAGUACUUCCAGGGCCGUAAGCUGGUGGUCCUGUCCACAGUCAGCUGGUUUGGGGGGCAGAACCACUUCCUCCCCAUCGCCUACAUGGUGACCGGCGGGCUCGUCCUGGUGGUUGCCAUGGUGCUCACAGGCGUGUACCUCAAAUUGGGGAAAGGGCGGGUGGACUUGGAGGACUGAAGGGGUUGAGAGGCGCGGGGUACCCCGGUUCUGCACGUCCGUGUCUGGUUCUGCAUUCCACGCCAACUUCUGCUGUUCAUUAGUUCAUCAGGCCUGAUCUCCUGUCUGUCUGAGCUGCCCAACCCUGCUCCUGGAGAUCUACCACCCUGUCAGUUUUUACUGCAAACCUAACGAAAAAAGCACUCCUCAUUCAUUAGCAAGAGAUCUUGUGGAGCUUUUGUAGAAUCAGAAGACCGACAGGACAGUGAAGACCCACAGGGCAGUCGAUCUCCAGGAGCUGGAUUGGGCAGCUGUGCUUCAUGUGAUCAGAGGUUUUAGCUUCACUGGCUGAACACUGUCCCUCCACUCAGUGUUACUGUGUGUGGUCUGAUCUACAGCCUCAUUAGCCAGGGGGAGGUGUUUGAAAUAUAAGCUGGCAUGAAAUCCAGAACAGGUAGAGCCCUCCAAGAGAGGGAUCCCCCCCCCCCUGCUCUAACUAACACCAAAAUGAAUUGUGCUGGAAUAUUUGCAGGUCUAAUAUCUGUAUCUGUUCUGAGUAAUUCUCCAAUUACACGAGUGAGUGCUGUUGAUUUCAAGAGGCAUUUUCUGUUUUUUCUUAUUGAGUCAAUUUUAGUUUCGUUUACAACGCGUAACAGUAUGUAACAGUAUGUGUGAAAUUUGUUGACCACUGCAAAAUUGCCAAGAAAUAUUGUACUGUUGUAAAUUUUCUAUUUAUUAAACGUUUAAUUACAUAA